ACAGACAAACCCAAAGGAGAGCUACAGACUGCGCACACGACGGAGCGGGUGAUCCAGGACGUCUGAGGUCAGAGGCCGCAGGUCGUCAUCAUGGCAACGCUCAGCUCAGGAGUCUUCAGGUUCAACCGAUUCCAACUGCUCCUGAGCUGCAGUGUCCUCUUCGUCAUCAUCUACCUCCUUCAGGGCCGUAAACAGCCCCCCAGUGCCCCUCCCCCUGGGGUCUCUUUCUGGCAUGGAGUCCCACCCCCUUCACCCCACAGCCCCGCCCUCUCCCUCACCUCAUGGGGCGCUCCGGUGGUCUGGGCAGAGUCUUCGUUGGCAGCCGGACGCAGAUCUCGUUUCCUGGGCACACCCCUCCGUGUUGUUCUGGUGACGCUGGUGGUGGGAAACUACGCCCCCUACCUGCAGCGUUUCAUCUCUACAGCAGAGGAGCACUUUCUGGCGAGUCGCCCAGUGACCUACUACAUCCUGACAGACAACCCCCGUGUGCUGCAACCGCCCCCUCCUCUGCGCCCAGGCAAACAGCUCAGGGUGGUCCACAUUGCGGAGCUGCCUGGGUGGGAGCGGCUGUACCUGCGCCGCCUGCCCCUGCUGGCGGAGGCCAUGAGGGACAUGGUGGGAGAAGAGGGGGUGGAUUUUGUGUUCUGUGCAGAUGUGGACUUAGAGUUUGUGGGGGCAGUGGGGGAGGAGGUGCUAGACAAGCUGGUGGGUGUGGCUCAUGCAGAGUUUUAUGGUAAAACGCGCAGCGAGCUCCCGUAUGAGAGGGGGGAGUCUGUUGCCGCGGUGAUGGACGAGGAAGGGGAGUGGUACUACACCUCAGAGCUGUACGGUGGGACUCUGAGCGAGAUGCUUGGCCUCACCCAAAGGUGCUCUCUACUCCUGCUGCAGGACCAGGCCCAGGGGGUGAAGGCGUCAGCGAUGGAGGAGAGCUACCUGAACAGGUGCUUCAUAGACCACGCCCCCUCCUGCGUCUUGUCCCCUGAAUACAGUGGGGGAGGGGCGGAGCCAAGGGUCAGGUCCAGGAAGAGACACUGUCCAGAGAGAGAGAGCGACCUGUGCUGAAGGGAGUCCAGGUUUGGAUUGGGUUUAGACCUGUGCUGAAGCUGAUUUAGACCUGGUUUAAACACGGUUUAGACCAGGGUUAGAGUUGGUUUGGACCUGGUUUGGACCUGGUUUAGGUUUAGUCCUGGUUUAGUCCAGGCUCCUCUACAUUCUCUUCUGCUGCUGCACACUCACAUAAGCCGCCAUGAUUGUUUACAGACGGGAUGAGUUUCUCUGAUUGGUUGGUUCUCCAGCCAGUCCCACCCCAUGAAAAUCAGAGAACAUGAGAUAAGACAGAAUCCAGUCCUAGUCCUGCUUUAGCAUUGGUUCAGUCUCGGUUUAGACCUGUUUUAGUCCUGGUUUAGAUCUGUUUUAGUCUUGGUUUAGACAUGUUUUACACCUGUUUUAGUUUACUAGUAGUAAUCCUGUUAGUGGUAGUAGUUGUAGUAUAUUUAUUUUACAGCCUGGUAGAGACAGAGUUGCCAAAAUGAACCAUAUCAGAUUACUCAAAUGUGAAACUGUGUGCUAGAACUGAAAUCAAAAGGGCUUCAUUUCCAGGCUCUACCACCAGGGGAUGCUGUUUUAAUGUUACAGUAAGCAGUUUUUAAACAGGAGCAGAUGUUCUAUUCUCACAACGCCACAUCACCAGGACCAAGACCUGGUUUAGACCUGGUUUAGACCUGGUAUAGCUCUGGUUUAGUUCAAUUCUGGCAUAUUUACAUGCAAAUGUUUAUUAAUGUGCAUUGUCCCUGAAAUAAAUAAAUAAAUAAAUAAAUUUUAGACCUGGUUCAGAUCUGGUUCAGACCUGGUUUAUACCUGUUCAGACCUGGUUUAAACCUGGUUUAGACCUGGUUCAAACCUGGUUUAGACCUGGUUUAGACCUGGUUUAGACCCGGUUCAGACCUGGUGUAGACCCACUUCAGACCUGGUUUAGACCCGGUUCAGACCCAGUUCAGACCCAGUUCAGACCCACUUCAGACCCACUUCAGACCCGGUUCAGACCCGGUUUAGACCCGGUUUAGACCUGGUUCAGACUUGGUUUCUGUCCUCUUUAUUACAGGAUACAGAGUUCUCAGUUUUCAAAUGUAAAUAUUACUUUCAGUUUCACGUUUCAAACCUGCAGCUGUUUACAGACGUUUGUGCUUCAGUCAAAUCACAUGAUCAGAACCUGCUCUGGCAGAAAUAACAUUAAAGCUGAACUGUGUAACUUUUCUGGUCUAGGGUCCACCACCUGUUUGCCUCUGUGGGGAUGUUAUUACUUUGUCUGGAAGAUUUCAAAUAUGGCAUUAAACUUCAUUUUCAA